UUACUCGAUUGAUUGCCGGAACGCCGCGAUUUGUUGAUGAAACUCGACAAACAGGAUUAAACUAUAGCCAUAGGUAUCAGGAUUCAAGAAGUACCCGUGAACCAGCCAGUGUUACGGGCUUUGCCUGUUUUUCAGGUUCUCCCCAUACAUUAGUUAGUAGAUGACUAAGAAGCCAGAGAGGCCCUGGGCAUGUCAGCUGAUGAGUAAAGUUCCUCAGCGAUCAUCCUAAAGAUGGCUGAACUACUAACUGUUGUGGCGGAGGAGAUGGGCCGAAUUGCUAGCUUGGUAUGGAGUGGAGUAGGAGUGGCAGUUCGCCUCAACAACCAAGUUAUGACAACCAUUCUUAAAGCUUCAGCUCGUGUAGUGCAGUUACUUUUGCUUCUUACUCACAAGGCUGCGGACCUAUUCUCCUUGCUGUUUGCCGACCUCCUCCUCUUCUUGAAUGAUAUAGGUACCUGUGUAUUGACUUUGAUAAUUGCCCUGCAGACUGCUGUAUGUACAGUGUACAGUUUUAUAAGUGGUGCAGUUAUGACAGUUUGUUCAGCUGCUGUCUAUUCAUGCCAUCUCAUCCAUUCAUCUUACUGUGGAAUGUUAUCUGGAAUUGUACUGGCUGCAAGUCAUUUGGGUGAUCUUGUGGUAGCAAUAAAACACGCUUUCAUUCUCUUUGGCUCCUCUGUUCUCUUUAUCAUAAGCUUUUUGCCUAAUUUGAUAUAUUUAGUCUUCAUGGGAUUGCUCAACCUUUGUUCAUAUACAUACUUAAGUUGCAGUCAAAAAUUUAACAAUUUUUUAAUUACAACCAAUUAUGCUGUGAAUAACUUAAAAACAAGUUUGGUCAAUUUUUUGUUUAGUAUACCUGUUGAUUUUGUUGUGGGGGUGAUCGCUGCUGUUGCAGUUUUGAUUGCUUUAAAGAAAGCCCUAUUUUACAUGAUGGACAAUAUGAUCUUAAUCCCAGACAUUCCUGUACCUUCUAUGAUUUUAAUGUUAAGGCGACGAUUUAUCCGAUGGUAUGUGGCCAUUGUAAGAGAAGCUCACCGUAGGCCUCCUAUAGAAAAUGACACUGAAGAGGAGGAACUGGAGGAUGAUGCUAAUGAUGAAAAUGGUAAUGACAGUAAUGACAAUGUACCAGAUCUAAAUUUGCCACAGAAUCAGGCAUUUGCUUAUCCUUUGAAUCCACCAGAUCCAAUUCCCAUUGGAAUUGAGAGACUUGAAAACCACCGAGAUGUACCUGUAGCACCUAUCAUACCUCCAGCCCUAGCAAGGCCUCCUAUCACCCGCCAAAGGACACGCCAGUUGGCUCAAGAAGCUGUCAUUAUUCAGCCCCAAUCAGAGCCAAUUCCACAACCCGAAACAAGCGCUGGGAGCUUAAAAGGUCCUGGACGUGAAGUUUCCAACAAGGUGGAUGUCCAGACCUAUCAGUUAUAUCGUGAACUUGAACAAGAACGGGAGAGUCAGCUAUGUAUAGUGUGUCAGGAUCAGGUCAAGUGUGUCAUAUUGUUGCCAUGCCGUCACCUUUGUCUGUGUGAUGCCUGUAGGUCAGCCAUUAUUACUAGAGAUAAUAUAUGUCCUGUAUGUAGGCGACCUAUACUUGAAACAAUCAGGGUGUAUGUAUAAUGUUGAUUAUAUUAACUCCCCUAAUUUAAACAAUGAAGUCAUGAGUGACAAGAAGAUGCAAGAAACUUCUUUUGUACAUGGAGUCACUAAAUUUAGAUACUGUAGUACUUAACUUUUGUACAUUGUGUGUUUGUUGCUAACUGUGAUUGUGAGAUGCUUUAUUUAAUUACUUUAGCUAAGUUUUAUCAUUUUUGACUGAGAAAAAGCAUGAGACUGGAAACUAGAAGCUUACAUUUCAAAGGACUCGCUAUAGUUGUAGUGUCAGUCUUGUGCAUCAUCUCUUGGUACUGUACAUGAGUAAAGUAAUGAUAAAAAGGUUUUAGAAAAUUGAUCAUUUGCUGUAUGUUAACAUGUCCACCUUGUUAAGAAGAUUUUUGCCGUUAUAGUCAUUCUAUGAUUAUUGUGAUUUUGAAUUAUGGUUUGUUUGGUAGGUGUACAUUAUGCAGCAUUUAUGUUGUUUGAUCUUUUGCUCUCUGAUAAAGCUGCGGCAGUAUAAUUGUAUUAACUAGCCAUGAACAAAUUGAAGGACUUGUACUCAUGCAAUGAAAUAUGUUAAAAAAUAAUUGAGGUGGUUUCAAGGGAAAAUUCUUUUAUUAAUGAAUGUGACAUUUUAUUUAUAUUUAGCUUGAGAGUUAAUGGGAAAUAUUACUGCUUGUAUGCAUGGAUGAAUGAUAAGUGACUGCCAGCAAAAAUGUAAUACUGUAUUCGUAAGAAAGCUUCUCAGGAAUGUGUUGUGUUGAGGUAGUGUCUGUACUGAUGAAGUAAGUAUUUGUUUCUGCAGAGGUACUAUGAGUACACCCUUUGCAGUAGCUUCUCAGCCUUUUGUCUGCCAUAUUUUCAUUCAAUGCAUUCUUGGAAAAUGUCUAUUAUUUGAUUCAGAACUGUCUGGAGAAUUCUUGGCAGUGUUAUAACCAGGUCGUAAUGAGAAAAUAUGUACAGGCCAAGGUUUUCAGUGAAAAUAAGGGACCAUUUAUUUUUCUACUAGUAGCAUGUUUGAACAUUGCUAUAUGACAAAAAUGUACCUGAGUAAGUUACUCUUUCCAAUAUAUUUUAGAAUAUCCUUCUGUUGCUGAAUACUGGGGGCCAGCCUGAUACUUUUACAAGUUUAUGCUCAUGUAUGUGUUAGUGCAAUAACUUUAUGGCUCCAUAUAUGCAGACUUUUGAUAAUAUUUUCAGUAUAUGAAUUCUCUUUUAUUACAAUUAUUGCUUUGAAAGGGAAAAAGGAAAAGAGAUGUUUAAGUUGAAAUAAAAAGUGAAGUAAGUAUCACUUGUGGUGAACUUUAAUUAGCACUCAGUGGCAAAUAGCUGUCAUAUUGAUGAAUAGAAGAUGGAAAAUGCCGAAGUUUCUCACUGUUGUGUUGUGUUCAAGCAGAUGUUGAAUGAAAUCUGCAUCCUUUGUUUUAAGGACAUGGAUAGUAUAAUUUAAUUGCUAAAUACAUUGCAGGUUUUUAUUUGUAUAAGAAUCAAUGAUAUUUUAUUAGCAGUCUUGGAAUUGAGAAUAAGAUGCAUGCAAUUAGUCACAGAACCUUAGAACAUCUGAUUCACAAGUGCACUUUAUUAAACUCUCCAUCCCUUCAAGGGAUUAUCCUGGGACAUAAUUCUCAUAUUUGGGGGGGUGUGUGUUGAAGUUUUUUUGUUCGUAAGUUAGGAUUAUCAGUCUAUAUAACUACUAAGCUUAUUACUCAAAAUUUGGCUUGAUUCUUGCUAAGAUACCAGGUUGACUGUUGUGCAUAUUAGGUCUCAUUGGCUAUGUGUGAUUUCAGAAGAUCAGAAAGAUGCUGUAGUUUGAAUUCUUAGAUUGUGUCUUUUAAUGUGCAAAGGUAGAAUUGCAACAGGUAUGUCGUUUUCAGAAAAUGUUUGAUAUUUUGACAUUUACUGAGGUGUAUGUACCAAGAUUAAAAUGGUACAUGAUCCAAUUUUAAUUUUAAAGUACGUAUAUGCAGUGUAUACCGUUCAUAAAUGGCAUUGCGUAUACAAAAAGGUUUUUGUAUUUGCCUCUUAAUAUUUUUGCUCUUUCACUGAAUUACUGGUGAAUGUUUCUCUCUUCACUAAGUUUGAGUUUAGUUCGUGUUCAUCAUGUGAUAUUUUUAGUCUGAUGAACUAGAAUUCUUAUACUGUAUAAAUUACAAAGGUUUGCUUUUGCUGAUUUUGUUUUGUACUGUGUGAUUUAUUUACAUAUCUGUGAUAUGUUUGAAUUUGAAUCUUGUUGCUAUUCUGUGUAAUCUUGGCAUUUUUUUGUUUAAAAUUCCUGUGAUAUUUCAUAACAAAAUUUCUCUUUAUUUAAGACAGAGUCAUCUCGUGGUGUAUAUUUUGCAGAUAAACAAUUAAUGUGAUUUUUUACCAAAGUCACUAAUUUUUUUUUAACUUGACUGUAUGGAAUGUGCUUUAUCUUAUUCAAUUAAACCUUUAGUUAAUUCAGCAACAUAAUGUUAUCUAUACCUUUAGAUUGAUAUGCAUAGCAUGUAAGUAAAGUAUGGGCUAUACUGGAAUUUUGUAUGUACUGUAAUUAUUUCUUGAAGCAAUAAACCUCAUUUUAAUCUUCAAUAAAGAUUUGUAGUACGUAUGC